AUGCCUAAGCGAAGAUGGCAGGGCGACGAGGUUCAGCCCAACUACCACGACCGCGGCGCUAUCAAACCCAAGAGCAUCUAUCUUGUUCUAGAUGACUGGCACGGGGGCUUCACCAUUCGCAAGCUUGAUGCUGACAGUCCUGACCUGAGCGCGCCCCCUGUCUUCCGGCUAGCGUCGCCUCUGAACAACCAUGCCAUGGACUUUGCCGCUCUGGGCAGCAACAUUAUAGCCACCAGCAACCAAUGUGCUGCAACUCUAGUCUUUGACACGGAAGCAGACGCGCUGGCCAUCGGCAAUCCCCUCCCGGAUGCACUCCUCAGUUCCCUCAACUUCUUUGUCACAGCUGACGACAUGUUAUUUGCGUUUGCCUACUACUUCACGUCGCGGCCUCCCUCCUUCGAAGUCAUGACCACCGCCAAGGAGGACGAGGUGCGCUCUUUGUGCCCAAGCACUGACUGGUCCUGGAAAAGCAUCCCGGCUCCCUUCACCAAGCAUCAAAGGAUUGUAUCCUACGCCCUUCACCGGGACAGACGCACCAUAUUUGUGUCUGUGCAUGACCGAAAUGGCAGCGGCACCGGCACGUUCUCCUUUGACAGCGAGAACCGUGAGUGGAGGCGCCAUGGGGAAUGGAUGCUCCCUUUCCACCGCCAAGGUUACUUCGACGCAGACCUAGAUGCAUGGGUUGGGUUACACCCGGAUGGCUACAUCUGCUCCUGCCAACUUCCCCCCCUAAGCACCACCACCACCAUGCAGCAGCCUAGCUGGAAGAUUUCCUAUGAGCAAAACCUGUGGAGCCCAAUACAUCAACCGUCUAAAUCCGAAGGGGCUAGUCUCACAUACUUGGGCAACUCCAAGUUUUUCCUUGUUGAUUGCGACGUGGCAGAUGGAUUUGAGUUCCAGGAUGCCUUUAAUGACCCUCAUGGCUUCGUUCUCAACAUGACCACGUUUCGUCUCAAGUACAAUCAUGAGGGCAAGCUGAGAAUCAUCGACAGAAACACUACCUCUUGUCCUGUCUCUAGGCAACUCUCGUCUUUUUCUCCCGUAGCGUUCUGGAUGUAGCUAGCAAGGGAAAAAAAUGCACCUUCUGUUUUCAUUUAUUUAGCUGUAUAUCAUGCAUACC